GAGGGUGGGGGAGGGAACAGAGAGAUAGGAGAGUAGCACCUCAGAAUAUAGCCAGAGUUGCUUGUCUUGCUUGGAAUGACUGUUAUAUCUGAGAUUCCCGCGGGCGCGUCGCCUAUGUGUGCUGGCUGUGUGGAGAUUGCCCCCAGGGGGUCUGGCCCGCUGGAGUCACGGUCAGAUCCUCCGCUUCCAGCCACACGCCCAGCGUCAAGGCUCCCCUACUGGGACGGUGCACUCUCAACUCCAAAAUCAGUCGCUGCCUCCCGGGGACUUCUCGUCCCUCCAGCCGCGUGGCCGUGCCGCCCCCGUGAACCAGGUGGGCCCCCUCCCGGGGUUAGUUCAGAUGGGUGGAGUAGCUCCCCGUGCUUGUGCCGCGACCAAGUGUCCCGGCUGGAACGCUGUUCUCCCCGCUCCAAUACCAGUCACUGCCUCCCGGGGACUUCUCCUACCGGCUGCGUCCCACGCCGCCCGCGCGACCCGGCUGGUCCCCCUCCCGGGGUUAGUUCAGGGGGUGGAGCAACUCUCCGUGUUUAUGGCGUACCUGCGAGCAGUCCAAAUCCCUGCGGGACGGUUCCCCGGCUCGGAUGCUGCUCUUUCUGCUCCAAGAUCAGUCACUGCCUCCCGGGGACUUCUCCUACCGGCUGCGUCCCACGCCGCCCGUGGAACCGGCUGGUCCCCCUCCCGGGGUUAGUUCAGGGGGGUGGAGCAGGUCUCUGUCCUUGUGCCGUACCUGACUGGUACGCUGGCUCCAGGCUCUGGAAACUAUCGCUGCUUCCCCGUAUUAGUUCGUUCUCCGUCUCUAAAUCCGUGUUUGUUGUUCAGAGUUCGUAGAUUGUUAUGUAUGUGAUCGAUUCACUUGUUUUUCCGUGUCUUUGUUGUAAGAGGGAUCCGAGGUAACGUCUGCCUAGUCCGCCAUCUUGGCUCUGCCCCCCUUCAUGAGUUUUUAUAGUAGUGAUCUCAUACAGUAUUUGCCCUUUUGCGAUUGAUUUAUUUUACUUAGCAUAACGCCCUCCAGAUUCAUCCAUGUUGUGAGAUGCUUCGCUGAUUGUUGUUUUUUAUCGUUGUGUAAUACUCCAUUGUGUGUAUGUGUACCAUAGUUUGUUUAUCCACUCGUGUUGAUGGGCAUCUAGGUUGUUUCCAUCUUUUUGCUAUUGUGAACAAUGCUGCAAUGAACAUGGGUGGGCAUAUGUCUAUUCAUGUGACAACUCUUAUUUCUCUAGGAUGUAUUCCUAGGAGUGGGAUUACUGGAUCAUAUGGUAUUUCUAUUUCUGGCUUUCUAAGGAAGCCUCAUAUCAUUUUCCAAAAUGGGUGUACCAUUUUGCAUUCCCACCAGCAGUGCAUAGGAGUUUCAUUCUUUUACAUCCCUGGUUAGAUUUAUUCCUAAGUAUUUUAUUUUUUUAGAGGCUAUUAGAAAUGUUAUUGUUUUCCCAGUUUCCUUUUUGUCAUUCUCUUUAUUGGUUUAUAGGAAUCCAACUGAUUUUUGUAUAUUUAUCUUGUAUCCUGCUAGUCUGCUGAAUUUUUCUAUUAGUUCCAGAAGUUUUCUCAUGGAUUCUUUUGGGUUUUCUACAUAUAGUAUCAUUUCAUCCACAAAUAGAACAGUUUUACUUCUUUAUUACCAAUUUGGAUGCCCAUUAUUUCUUUUUCUUGCUUUAUUGCUCUAGCUAGGACUUCCAGCACAAUGUUAAAUAGGAGUAACGUUGUUCCUAUUCUCAGGGGGAAUGUUUUCAGCCUCUCUCUGUUAAGAAUGAUGUUGGCUAUCGGUUUUAUAUAGAAGCCCUUUAUUAUGUUGAGGAGUUUCCCUUCUAUACCUAUUUUAUUGAGAGUUUUUAUCAGAAAUGGGUGUUGGACUUUGUUGAAUGCCUUUUUGUGUCAAUUGAGAUGAUCAUGUGAUUUAUUUUUAUGGUGGAUUACGUUGAUGGAUUUUCUAAUGUUCAACCAUCCUUGCAUACCUGGUAUGAAACCUACUUGGUUGUGGUAUAUUAUUUUUUUGAGGUGAUGCUGAAUUCUAUUGGCUAGAAUUUUGUUGAAAAUUUUUUGCAUCUAUAUUCAUGAGAGAUACUGGUCUGUAAUUUUCUUUUUUUGUGUGUCUUUGCCUGGUUUUGGUAUCAGAGUUAUGCUGGCUUUAUAGAAUGAAUUUGGUAAUAUUGUUGCUUUUUCUAUGUUCUGAAAUAGUUUGAGUAGUACUGUUGUAAGCCCUUCUUUGAAUGCUUGGUAGAAUUCUCCAGUGAAGCCAUUUGGGCCAGGGCUUUUUUUUGGGGGGGGGGGGACUUAUUUUAAUUACCUUUUCAAUCUCUCGUUAUGGGUCUGUUCAGAUUUUCAGUGUCAUUUUGUGUUAGCUUAGGUAGAUUUUUUAGGUAGAUAUUGUGUUUCUAGAAAUUUUUCCAUUUACUCUAGGUGUUCAAAUUUGUUAGAGUAUAGUUUUUCAUAGUACUCUGUUAUGAUCCUUUUUAUUUCAGUUGGGUCUGUUGUAAUGCCCCCCUAUUUCAUUUCUUAUUUGGGUUAUUUGAGCCCUCUCCUGUUUUUCUUUAGUCAAUUUGGUCAGUGGUUUGUCGAUUUUGUUGAUCCUUUCAAAGAACCAACUUUUGGUUUUGUUGAUUCUUUCUAUUGUUUUUCUAGUCUCUAUUUCAUUUAUUUCUGCUCUGAUCUUUAUUAUUUCCUUUCUCCUGAUUGCUGUGGGCUUCUUUUGCUGUUGUCUGUUUGUUUGAGUUGUGUAACUAAUGUUUUGAUUUUGUCCCUUUUUUCUUUUUUUGAUGUGUGCAUCUGUUGCUAUAAAUUGACUUCUGAGCACUGCCUUUGCUGUGUCCCAAAGGUUUUGAUAUGAUGUGUUUUCAUUCUUGUUUGAUUCUAGGAAUUUUUUGAUUCCGUCUAUUACCCAGUGGUUUUUAAGCAGGGUAUUAUUCAGUUUCCAUGUAAUUGAUUUUUUUUCCUUGCUCUUUCAUUUUGUUAAUUUCCACUUUGAUGGCAUUGUGAUCAGAGAAGAUACCUUGUAUUAUCUCAGUGUUUUGGAUCUUGUUGAGGGUUGCUUUGUAGCCUGAGAUGUGUUCUAUUCUGGAGAAUGUUCCAUGUGCAUUAGAAAAGAAUGUGUACUUUGCAGCUGUUGGGUGCAGUGUUCUAUACAUGUCUAUGAGGUCAAAUUGGUUGAUUGUGGCCUUUAGGUCUUCUUCUGUAACCUUGUUGAGUUUCUUUCUAGGUGUUCUGUCCUUUGCUGAGAGUGGUGUGUUGAAGUCUUCUAAUGUUAUUGUGGAACUGUCAGUUUCUCUUUUCAGUGCUGUUAGAGUUUAUGUAUUUUGGAGCCCUACCAUUGGGUGCGUAGAUACUUAUUAUGGUUAUGCCUUCGUGAUGGGUCAUUCCUUUAAUCAUUAUAUAAUGCCCUUAUUUGUCUUUUAUGGUGAAUUUUGUUUUAAAGUCUAGUUUAUCUGAGAUUAGUAUUGCCAUUCUUGCUCUUUUUUUGGUAGCUGUUUGCUUGAUAUGUUUUUUCCAUCCUUUGAUUUUUAAUAAAUUUACAUCUUUGUUUCUGAGGUAUGUCUCUCGUAGACAGCAUAUUGAUGGAUCCUGUUUUUUUUUAAUCCAUUCUGUCACUUUCUGUCUCUUUAUGGGUGUGUUUAGGCCAUUUAGGUUCAGUGUAAUUACUGAUAGUGUGAUUUUUAUUGCUGUCAUUUUGUAGUGUCUUUUUUGUGGUGCUGAUGUUUUCUUUGUUCAUUUUAACAUUCUUUACACGUACAAUUCAGUGACGUUAAUUCUGUUCAUCAUGUUUGAGCUUUGUUAAUUGUUGUCUUUCAAGGAAUUUGUCCAAUUCUUCUAAGUUGUUAAAAUUGUUGGCUAAAAUUGUUUAGGAUAUUCUCUUAUUAUCCUUUUAUUGUCUGUAGGAUCUGUAGAAACAAUUCCUCUUUCAUUGUUGAUAUUGAUAAGUUGUUCUCCCUUUUUUUUUUCUUGAUCAAUCUAGCUAUGGGUUUAUUUAUUUUAUUGAUAUUUUUAAAGAGCUAGCUUAUAAAAAAUGGGUUGGUUAAUUUUCUCCAUGUCUAUUUUCGAUUUUGUUCAUUUCUGAUCUUUAUUAUUUCUUUCCUUUAACUUACUUUGGGUUUACCUUGCUCUUCUAUUUCUAACUCCCUGAAGUGGAAUCUAAGAUCAUUGAUUUGAAAUCACUAGUUUGUUCCUGAUCUUGAGGGUGGCCUUCCUGGGUUUUUGAUUGAGACCCUUGCAGGCGCCUAUUUUCUCAACCCUGAAAGCUCAGCCAGUUAAAGGUUUUGCGCUUAUUCCUUUAGCCCCCUGCCAUGCAAUGCAACAAGACAAAACAAAACAAAAAAAACCCAAACCCAUUGCUGUCAAGUUGAUUCCUACUUAUAGCAACCCUAUUGGAUGGAGUAGAACUACCCGAUAGGGUUUCCAAGGAGCAGGUGGUGGAAUUGAACUGCCAACCUUUUGGUUAGCAACCUGAGAUCUUAACCACUGUGCCACCAGGGCCCCUGCCUCACACCGUUGGGUUUGAAGUCUGGCAGAUGUUUUGAGGGGUAGGAAGAUUGUGUGAUUAUUGUAGGUCACUUUCCUUUGUUGCAGCUUUGUCUUCUAAACACCUGGAAACGGGCAGAGAUUUUGCUCUACCUUUCUGGCCCAGCCUCUUUCAGUCCAAGAAGUCGGGAAAUGUCUGAUGGGAGAACAAGCCUUAUGUUUUGGACUCCUUUAGCUUCCCAUCUGUUGUAGUAGUCCCAUGCGACUGCAAAAAAGCUCUGCUAGUUUUUCUUCCCCACAGUAGAAUCCCUCAACUUGGACCAAGCCUGAUUCUUAAGGACUGUUCCUUGUGUAGAAUUUUAAUUCAUAUAGUCUUUGUUGUUUUGAUGAUUUUUAAAGUACAGGUUUUGCAAUUUAUUAUUUUUUGAAAAUCUGGUUGUCACACUGGUAAUGUUGCCUUGGCGUGACCCACCAAAUUCAAGGAAGAAUUCCCCUCUCUUUGUAUAAUUUAUGUACAAGAAAAGGCAUCUAUUUAAAUUGUCACUGCAUUGAAAUAACACAACCUAGGUAGUAUAAAUCAAAGAGGUUUAUUAAGGAUUUUAAAAGAAUUUGAAUUGGGAACAAUGUGGCUCAACUAAAUGAAACCAUGCAGUUCAAAGUGGGGUCAUAAGCACAAGCUAAUGUAGGGCUAAGGCAGUUCUGAUUGGUUACUGAGAAUAAAAUGCAAGUGAAAAAUGCAACAAGUGGUAGGUCAUUGGCUACAUAUUCAUACUCAAAUAGAAUGCUGGUGAAGAAUAUAAUUCUGGUGCAGAAUGCAACGCUGGUGAAGCGAGCAGCAUGUGGUGGCUCAUUGGUUAGAUGCAAUUAGCAUCAAAGGUACAUUUCUUAAAGAGAAAUUACCAUUGAGGCACACAUUUCUUACACAUCUAGUGGAUAUACAUAUUAAAAUUUACUGAACUGGGGACCUGCUUUUAAUUUUAGCCAUUUUUCUUUAGGUCAAAAACUUCACAGAAAUGUUUUCUCUCACACUUUUCCUUCCUCUUAAUCAAGGAUUUUCGCUACAUCCUUUGAUCACACCUUGAUACAGAAGUCUUCAGCAUGGACUUAAUUUGCUUUAUGCUGCUCCCAGGUGGUCAUAAUUCUAGCCUUUUGUUCACCUAGGCUGCUUUCUCGUAGUCAAAUUCCACUGGUACCUUGGUUGCCAGGCAGCUCUGGUUUAUCUUCACCAUGUGCAGGUUCAUAUCCCUGAGGCAUUUGGGUGUGUGAUGUUAGGACCAAAUUCUCAGGAAUAUUUGACAGUUUAAAAUGAUUGAGUUAAAUGCAAGGCUCCUCACGCUCAGCUAACACUUAUGUGGUUUCUGUAUACAUCAUUCUUCUCAUAGGCAUCACGUCACUUCUCUGGGCUGAAGUAUUAGUGAAGACCUUUAUGCAACACUUAAUGGUUCUUAUCACAGUGACUACUAUGACCCAAAUCAUAAUUCCUGUAAGCAGCACAGAUCUAAUCUAUGCACCCAUCCCUUCAGGCAACCAGCUAAAAAAAAGUCUACAAGGAGAAAUCUGACCUGGUUUCUGGGAUGUGUAGCCAGACUGCUUUCUGGUGUAUUUGCUUAAUAUCAUGUUCCACUUCCCCUUAGGUAUUUACCCACGUUCAGCAAGAGGUGUUGGCAGUUGUGCAGAUUCCUCCCUGUUGUGCUAACAGGAAGUCCAGUGCAGUUAGAUGAUCCAGCAUUACCUUGACCAGGGAGUUCAAUAAAGUUUGUUGGGCAACCAUAGCACUGGCUAUAUCAUCAGCUGUUUGUUCCACUGUAUCAGAUAAAUUCCUGAUUGACCAUUCCAGAUUAGCAACUCCCCACCAGGGUAUAAAGGCUUUCACAAAUGAAAACCCAGGACCAGGGUUAUCCUUAAUAGGAUCAUCUCCAGGUCCAAAACCUCUCUUAUGCUGAGUGAGGAGGUAUAAUUCUCCAGUCCAAUGUAGACUGUCACUAUAUGAAUGGAUAUGUAAUGGUACCCCUAGUCAGCCCAAGGCACAUUGGCCCAGCAUGUUCCAUCUGUCUAGGCAGGGUUAUGCCUAAGCAUAGGGGUCAUUUCUGGGGUUUGAUAGGCUUUUAGUGGGGUAAUCUGAUCUUCCACACAAAAACACAUAUUUGUAAAGGAUUUCCUGUGUAAUUGUGAGGGAAAGGGAUGCUUUGAUUAACUCACUGAAGCCAAGGUUCAGUUACGGAGUUGUUAUAGACAACUGUCCCAUCUUUAGAGGGUUCUAGAGCCUAGUACAAAGGGAGGGACAAGCCACUAUUGUUUGAGCAGUCAGGUAAUUUCCUUACUUAUUUGAUAAUAUCCCAAAGUAUCUAGGGAAUUCUCUGUGAUGGAGUGAAUAGUUAAUUUGGAAAAAACAUGAAUACCUCUGCAUUUUGUGAAGCAGGCUCUUAGAUGUUCCAUAACCUGGUCAGACAUUGUGGACUGGGUUGAAGUAGAGCAUGGUACCAGAGGUUGGGCUGACAAUCCCAAAAUAUACCAAAAUCUGUCUUGUAUGGUUUGUUUAAAGGAAACAGUAGGGUUACCAAUAGCUUAAGGGAUGUGGCUAUAGUGGUAGACUGGAAUUGCCAAGGGUUUGGAGUGUUCAUGUAUGGCGUGUGGAAUGGGGUGGCAAACCCAGCAGUUAGUUAGGUUGCCUGCCCUGGCCACGGCCUGGGAUAGCUUUACAAAUGCAUUUUCCUGCUAGGCAUCAGUUAAGAUUACAAGCCACCGAAGAAGAAUAUUUGAGGUAAGCCUCAUAUUGAAGGAAAGUUGUCCCACAAAAAGAAUGUGAUAUACAAGUCCACCACUAGGCAACUAACAGUAAUGAAAUCAAAUUGUCUUGCAAACAGUAUGUGAGUAUGUGGAAUUUGAGUUCAUAUAAGAACCAAUGGAGAAAACAAAUCAUCAAAAACUGAAAAGAAAGAGACAUAAUAAAGUCUUAAAUUUGGCUCAGGACGUCGGGGGAGGGUUUGAUACUUUUGCCAUCAAACUAAUCCUAAUUUAUAAAACAAGUGACUUGAAAUGCAAUCAGUAUCAUGCAUGAAGCAAUUAUUUCCACAACUUCGAUUAAUAAUCUGUGAAAAGAUAAAAACAAGGGUUUAGGGCAACAAGUAAAGGAUAGGAUGUUGAGGUAAGGGAUAAUAUAAAAAUUGUAAACCGAUGAAAAUAACACUAGCCACAAUAACGAUUAGAAAUAAAAGUCCAAAACUUUCAGCAGGCUGCAUGGCUUGAAGUACAAGCCUGGUCUUGAAGUCCUGGGAGAGCAGUCUAUUCAUAUGUCAUUGACGUCCCAUCCGGAUGUCACUUAAACUUUAAAUUUGAAUCCUUCAGUAGGUUGCACAGUCCAAGCAGGGGUUGCAGCCUUCUUAACCAUGUCAAGACCUAAUUAUUUUCUGCUUUGAAUUUUUUGUUGAUACCCUGUGUUUUCAGUACUGAAAUGCAUGCUGAGCAUUGAGUGUGUUUAAAAUUUUGGUUGGUAAUAUAGUGAGAAAUAUUAUGUGAAAGUGAAAAUGCAUGAUUCGUGGGAGCCCUGGAAUAUGCCAAAAUCUGAUCUGUGUGACUCAUUUAAAGAAAAUUGUAAGGUUAACAAUAGCUUAAGGGAUGUGGGUAUAGUUGUAGACUUGAAUUGCCAAGGAAUUGGAGUUUUCAUGUAUGGCGUGUGGAAUGGGGUGGCAAGCCCACUGGUCUUGGGUAGUAGGCUUUAUUGUGGCAAGCCUUCCAUUUGGGUACAGGGGCAUCUCUGGUUUUGCCUAAUAUCCCAACUAUUUUGCUUCAGCAAACACUUCUUUUGCCUUUCACCUUUACACAAGUCCUCACUGGAGGGAAGCAAUACUUUCAGCAGGAAAAGUUUACUCCCAAAGAACUCCAGAGGCAUAAAAAGUGAGUGGAAUACUGUAUGUUCCCCGAGUCAUGAAAGGGUUAAGGUGUGAGAGGUGUAUCCAGGCUUUAUCCCCCAUAAUAUGGCAGCACUUGCGUUAGUGGGCAGGACCUGAUAGAGUGCCCUCCAUUGAGGUUCCAAUGAAUCUCUUAUUUGGUGUCUUUUCCAGUGUACAUAAUCUCUUGGCUAGAUGGCCUUUCCAGCACAUUCCAUAGAUCUUUCCUCUUUAACUAAAGAAUCAUAGGUUCAAGCGCAAUGUGUUAGCACCUGGCAAUAUUUUAAAAACCUAGCUUGUAUGAAAUUGGAAUCCGUCCAGGCUGACCGAUAAGUAAGAGCUAACAGUUGCCCUGUAACAAUUUCAUGUGAGGUUAGUUUACGGGAACUAAAUGGUGUGGGUCUUAGAUUUAACAGGACUGUGGAUAACACUGGUGCCGCAGUGCUUAAAGAGGUACAGUGAUCUACGGCUAGCAGUUUGAAUCUACCUACUGCUUUUUGGAAACCCUAUGGGGAAAUUCUACUCUGUCAUAUAGAGUUACCAUGAGUCAGAAUUGACAGCAGUGGAUUUGUGAGUAACACUUGAACCUAAGAUAGUCCCAAGGAGUGAGAUAAUUUGGCUAACUGAUUCUUAAUGAUGCCGUUUGUUCUUUCAACCAAUCCUGAGGACUGGGGGUGAUAUGGGCAGUGAAAUCUUUGAAAAAUGAGAAACAGCUUGCAUAAAUCCUUUGCCAUUUGGCCAGUAAAAUGGGUACCUUGAUCACUACAAAGGGUUUUUGGGGCACCUCAAGUAGGGAUGAUAUUUUUAAGCAGUUUUUUGGCCACAAGAGUAGCGGUGGCAUUCUGGUUAGGAAAGACUUCAACCCAGUGGGAAAAUUUACAGAUCAUAACUAAGAUGUAUUUAUAGCCAUUAGAAGGAUGUAGUUGGAUAAAAUCAAUCUGCACUCAAGCAUGGGUUUGAGAGGUAAUAGAUACUUCCAGGAGGUGGUUUACAAACACUACCAACAGUAAACUGGGACCACACUGAGCGAUGUCAGGUAACAUGGUCAGCUGCAUUCCGAAAUGACCCCACCAAUGUUUAGACAGAAUAUCAAUAAGUUUAUGUCUACUCCAAUGGUUGGUGGCAUGGAGGGUUCGAGCCAAAGGGGCAUGCAAAGAUUUCAGAAAAAUCGGUUUUCAGCUAUGAGGUUUAGACCUCUCUCAGGGUCCUUCCCAAGCCCUAAAAACUUCAUCCAGGUGGCAUGCCUCCUUUUUUCCUUUGUUCUUCGUCUUCCUCAGGGGCUGGCAUUUGGUAUUUUGUAAGAUUUUGCCACGUAGGCUCACUCGUGAUGUUAUCCUCCGUGUAAAUGUCGCUGUCAGUAUUUUUUAUCUCUGACUGUGACACCUUUGACAUUCAGUGGGUAUUGCUAUGGCUUGGAAUUUGGUAGAGGCCGCUAACUUUGCUGCUCUGUCGACCAUGUUUUCGCUUUCAUUUCCUGUGCUUGAGGAACUCCUCUAGGCCGAUGGGCUUGAACUUGAAUAACGUGAUCACUGAGGAGGGGAUUGCCUUUGAAAGGCCAGCCACUAGUGGGUCAUUUUUGUGUUGUUUGUUUGUUUUUAUUCUGGGGUCCUGAUAAAGAACCUCUUUUGUUUUCAUAGAAUCUCAGAAGCAUGUAUUAUCCUGAAUGCAUAUCUUGAAUCUGUACAAGUCCUUACUGACCGUUUGGAGGUGUGCUUGCAUGCCUGUGUGAGCGUUUUCAGUUCAGCGUGCUGGGCUGAGGUAACUUCUGGAAACUGUCCACUUUCAAGAAUCUCAGUGGAAAUGGUUACGGUGUAACCUCCCUGGUAACAAGAGCCAUCAACAAACAGAGAUGUGCAUUGUCAAGAAGAGUUUCUUUUGGGUCAGGCCCAGUGGUUAAGAAGUGGUCAGUCAAAUCAUUGCAGUCUUUUGCAGGGGAGGUUCUUAAUCACCUGGUAAGGGCAUAAGAGUUGCUGGAUUUAGCCCAAGGACAGUACGUAAGCCAAUAAAACAACCUCAUAUGAGGUUGCCCUGUUGAUGGAAAAAUGUGUUAAACUAAAAUUCAAAAGAGCAGAUAACUGCGUGAAGAACAUACACAUUAAGGUCAUUUCCAGAACAAUAUCUGUAGUAGUCUCUACUAGCUGGACAGUGGCUGCAGCAGACCAGUGCGUGGUGGAUAUUCCCUGGCCCACUGGGUCCUGCUGGACACUGUAAUAUCCAACUGGUCUCUGUUGCCCUGCAUGCUCCUGGAUUAGAGUACCCAGAGCAUUUCCAUUUACCUCAUGCGCGUAGAGAGAAAAAGUAAGCUUUUAAUUAGGAAAUCCUAAAGUAUGCGUAUGGGCAAGGGACCCUUUGGGUAAGAGGCAGGUUCCUUGCCAGUUACAGCCUGAAGUUGUGCGGCUGCAGAGCCAUUAAUUUGUUUGGCUCAGUAUGAGAGGUCAUCAGUUCAGUUUGUCUAGCUUACUUGCCUGUUCCAAAGUCUAAGAUAAUUUAUGUGCUAAAGUAGUGAGGUUGGUGAUGGUAGCUGUUUCCCAAUUUGUUGUUGUUGUUACAUGCCAUCGAGUCAGUUCUGACUCAUAGCGACCCCGGGUACAACAGAAUGGAACACUGCCUGGUCCUGCACCAUCCUCAUGAUUGUUGUUGUGCUUGAGCUCAUUGUUGCAGCCACUGUGUCAGUCCAUUUUGUUGAGGGUCUUCCUCUUUUUCUCUGACCCUGUACUUUACCAAGUAUGAUGUCGUUCUCCGGGGACCAGUCCCUCCUGAUUACAUGUCCAAAUUAUGUGAGACAGAGUCUCACCGUUCUGGCUUCUGAGGAACAUUCUGGCUGUACUUAAACAAGACAGAUUUGUUUGUUCUUUUGGCAGUCCAUGGUAUAUUCGAUAUUCUUUGCCAACAGCACAACUCAAAGGCAUCGGUUCUUCUUCGGUCUUCCUUAUUCAUCGUCCAGCUUUCACAUGCAUACGAGGUGAUUGAAAACACCAUGGCUUGGGUCAGGUGCACGUUAGUCCCUAAAAUGACAUCUUUACUUUUUAACACUUUAAAGAGGUCUUUUGCAGGUUUGCCCAAUUUCCCAAUUUAGCCGAUUUGGGGUCUAGUCCAUUUAGAAACAUUAAAUUAAAACAACCUUUGCCUUAUCUUCUGUCAGAGCUAAUUCCUAAUGCUGAAUAAAAAUCUUAGUCUAUCCCUGAAUUGUGCACAUUUUCUCCCUUUUCUUGUUGGCAAGCAUGGAAUUUCUGCAGUAAACGGUUCCUCCACAGACCUCAGAGUGAGAGCUACUGAUACUCUAGUUUCCAGGACUAUCAAUCUGUAGUGUUCUGAUUACCCCAUAACUGGAUUUUCUUCUUUCUGUGACCUUGAGGCACUUACCUUUGGCAUUCUAGAUAGACCCUGAGGGAAAAGAACUCAAAACAUCUUUGCCCUCCAGAUAACUCUCCCCCACUACGUUGCACAACCAAAUUCCCUAUUUUGAAAAUUGUAAUUCAGGGUUAGGAAAGGGAAAAAACAGGUCAUCUAUUCACAAACUGAAAUGCUUUAUCUUUAUCUUAAAAGAACUGCAUACAAAUUUGCUUGCUAAAAUAUUCUUGCCUUAAGGUUGAUUCUAUCAAAUUCAUUUGUUUUCCCUCAAUUUGGUUAAAAAAAAACACAAAAAAACCAACUUGCCAUUCACCAUUCCUCUGGGCUUUGGCAGUCUGCCCUCAAAAAAACAAAAACAAAAAAACUUCAGACAAGCUGCAUGAGAAUGCAUGCCUGAAAACGAGAAACCUAGGAUACCUGGAAAUUGACCUGUGCCUUGUAAGACAUCCCUUUACAGAAGUACUCAUGCCCCAUUACCAUCAGGAAAGCAUUUAAAUAAAGGUAGGUUACCAAACUUCUGUACACUCACUACGGUAUUCAGGUGACCUCAUUUUAAAAGACAUUUCCCAGUGUGUUUUUUCCUCAGUAGAGGCUUUGCGAUGGGACUUUUCUUUAACUGAGGGUGGAAGAAAAUCUUCAGAGUGGUAAGGCAGUAUAGAAAGGGCAUUGACAGGGUCUGAUGCAAGGGUAGGGAGGGAAGGGUAGAUAGAAGAAGCCAGGGGGAGUUGAAGGGGAGUGGACCAGCAAAGUGGCGGAAGGGAUAGGCAAAGUGGGCGGGGUGGUAGGUGGAGUGGGGGCAAUAGAGGAAAGGUCAGAUAUAAAGCAUCAAACGAGUCCCAUUGUUUCUGUUCAGUUUGCAGCCCCCCUUUUGGUGCACGAUUUGGUGCACAAAAGUUAAUUUUGGACAUGUCAAAAGCUCCCCACUUUGGCCAACAUCCUUCAAGACUAUCUUUGGCAAUUCCAUGCCAUAGACACAGAAACAGACAAGCUGGACCAUGUUUCUGGCAGGCUGUCUGGUCUGCUCCUUAGAGCAGGUGCGACCUGUGAUUACCAAAAUAGCAACCACACCUGUCUAAUCUUAAUAUGCUCUAGAGACUUAAAAAGUUAUGCCGAGAAACUUGAUGGGCACCCUAGGAAAAAUACGAUGAGCCACAAAUGGUUGGGGAGCCACCAAGGAAGAAGAAGUUCAUCAGGCCGGUCCAUUAACAAACCAACAGUAAAAGCAGAGAGAGAGAGAAACCAGAAUAAACCUCAGUGAACUUCAAUGCAAAGACUGUGGAGUUUGGAUUGGGAAGGCAUAUCUGACAACCCUCCAAGAACGGAGGAGACGAAGAGGGCUCAAAAGGCUCUUGCCUGUGCGUGGCAUCUGAAUCCACUGUCCCAUGGGGUCAGAACAGGCAGAUUUCUUCCAGAACCCACUGCUGCCACCAAAAUGUCACUGCUUUGAAAUAACACAACCUAAGUGGUUUCUCACCACAAGUAGUAUAAGGAAACCCUCGUGGCAUAGUGGUUAAAUGCUACGGCUGCUAACCAAAGGGUCGGCAGUUUGAAUCCACCAGGCACUCCUUGGAAACUCUAUGGGGCAGUUCUACUCUGUCCUAUAGGGUUGCUACGAGUCAGAAUCAACUCAACGGCACUGGGUUUGGUUUUUGGUUUUGUUUUAAGUGGUAUAAAUCAAGACGUUUAUUAAGGAUUUUAAAAGACAAUUUGAAUAGGGAACAGAGUGACUCACCAAAAUGAAUCCAUGUGGCUCAAGAUGGGGGGGGGCGGUUUGGACACAAGCUAAUAUAGGGCUAAGAUAGUUCUGAUUGGUCACUGAGAAUAAAAUGCUAGUGAAAAAUGCAACGAGUGGUAGGUCAUUGGCUACACACUCAUGCUGAACUAGAAUGCUGGUGCAGAAUGCAGCAAGUGGCAGUUCGUUGGUUAUAUGCUAAUUAACAUCAAAGUUACAUUUCUUAAAGAGAAAUUACCAUUGAACCACACGUUUCUUUAGACGUCUAGUAGAUAUACAUGCUAAAGGUUACCGAAUCGGGGACCUGUCUUUAACUUCAGCCAUUUUACUUUAGGUCAAAAGCCUUACAGAAUUUUUUCUCUCAUAGAAAAGUGUACAGGUUAAUGAGUUUUGAUUAUGUAAAGAUGGCUCAGGACUGGGCAAACAUUUGUUCUACCACAAGUUUGCUGUGAGUCAAAGCCUACCUGACAGCACCUAACAAUAGGGACAACAUACUCCUAUGUAACUACCAUCACAAUCAAAGUAUAUAACAUCGCCUCCAAAAAUUCUGGUGCUCCUUUGCAUUCAUUACCCCCAGCCUUCACCCCCGAGUUCUAGGAAAUUAUUGAUAUUCUUAUAUCACUAUCAAUUUGAUUCUUCUUUUCUGGAAAUUCAUGUAAAUGGAAUCAGUAUGUACUCAUUUGUAUCUGGAAUGCAAGGCUGGCUUAAUAUUUGAUUAUCAAUCAGUGCCAUCCGCCAUAUUAACAGGCUAAGGAAGAAAAAUCACAUAUCAACUGAUGUAGUUGAAGCAUUUAACGAAAUCCAACACCUAGUCAUGAUAAAAAAAUAAAAACAAAAGCCUCUCAGAAAACUAGGAGUAGUUUCUUCCUGAAUUGGUAAAUGGCAUCUACAAAAAACCCCACAGCUAAUAUACUUAAUGGUAAAAGAGUGAAUGAUUUUCCCUGAGAAUAAGACCAGGAUGUCUGCUCUUAUUUCACAUAGUACUGGAAGUCGUUGACAGUGCAGUGAGGCAAGAAAAGGAAAUAAAGGCAUAUAGACUGGAAAGGAUGAAAUAAAACUGUCCUUAUCUGCAGAUGAUAUGAUUGUCUAUGUAGAAAGUCCCAAGAACUCUACCAAAAAACCAUUAAAACUAAUAAGUGAGUUCAGCAAGGUCAUAUGAUAGAAGAUAAACAUGCAAAAAUCAGUUUUAUUUUUGCAUACUAUCAAUGAAUAUUUCAAGAUCUAUCCUGAAGCACAACGCAGCCAGUGAUAGGAUAAUAUCCAUAUUCCUACAAGGAAGACCAGCUAAUACUACUAUUAUUCAAAUUUAUGCACCAACCAUGAAGGCCAAAGAUGAAGAAAUGGAAGAUUUGUACUAACAUCUGCAGUCUGAAAUUGAUCAAAUGUGCAGUCAGAAUGCAUUGAUAAUUACUGGUGAUGGGAGUGCGAAAGUUGGAAACAAAGACGGAUUGGUAGUUGGAAAAUAUGGCCUUGUUGAUAGAAACAAUGCUGGAGAUGGCAUGAUAGAAUUUUGCAAGACUAGUGACUUCUUCAUUGCAAAUACCUUUUUUCCAACAAUAUAAAUGGUGACUAUACGUGUGGACUCCCUGGGUGGAAUACACAGGAAUCAAAUUGACUACAUCUGUGGAAAGAGACGAUCGAAAAGCUCAAUAUCAUCAGUCAGAAGAAGGCCAGGUGCUGACUAUGGAACAGACCAUCAAUUGCUCAUAUACAAGUUCAAGUUGAAGCUGAAGAAAAUUAGAACAAGUCCACGGAGCCAGAGUACGACCUUGAGUAUAUCCUACUUGGAUUUAGAGACCAUCUCAAGAUUAGAUUUAAUGCAUUGAACACUAAUGACCAAAGACCAGAUGAGUUGUGGAAUGACAUCAAAGACAUCAUACUUGAAGAAAGCAAGAGUCAUUAAAAAGACAAGAAAGAAAGAAAAGACCAAAAUGGAUGUCGGAAGAGACUCUGAAACUUGCUCUCGAGUGUCGAGUAGCUAAAGCGAACAGAAGAAAUGAUGACGUAAAAGAGCUGAACAGAAGAUUUGAGAGAGUGGCUCAGGAAGACAAAGUAAAGUAUUGUAAUGACUUGGGCCAAGACCUGGAGUUAACGAAAACCAAAAGGAAAGAAUACGGUUGGCAUUUCCCAAGCUGAAAGGACUGAGGAAAAAAAUUCAAGCCUUGAGUUGCAAUAGUGAAGGAUUCUAUAGGAAAAAUACUGAACGAUGCAGGAGGCAUCAAAAGAAGAUGGAAAGAAUACAUAGAGUCACUCUACUGAAAACACUGUCAACUUGUAGUCAUUUAAGGAGGUAGCAUAUGAUCAAGAACCGACGGUACUGAAAGCAGAGGUCCAAGGUGCGCUGAAGACAUUGGCCAGAAAGAAGUCUCCAGGAAUCGAUGGAAUACCAAUUGAGAUGUUUCAGCAAACAGACGUAGUGCUGGAGGUGCUCAUUUGUCUAUGCCAAGAAAUUUGGAAGACAGCUACCUGGCCAACCAACUGGAAGAGAUCCAUAUUUAUGCCUAUUGCAAAAAAAGGUGAUCCAACAGAAUGAGAAAAUUAUUGAACACUAUCAUUAAUACAACACGUAGAUAAAAUUUUGCUGAAGAUCAUUCAAAAGCAGCAGUACAUCAACAGGGAAUUGCUGGAAAUUCAAGCCAGAUUCAUAAGAGGACGUGGAAUGAGGGAUAUCAUCACUGAUGUCAGAUGGAUCCUGGCUGAAAGCAGAGAAUACCAGAAAGAUGUUUACCUGUGUUUUAUUGACUAUAAAAGCAUUCGACUGUGUGGAUCAUAACAAAUUAUGGAUAACAUUGUGAAGAAUGGGAAUUACAAAAUACUUAAUUGUGCUCAUGAGGAACCUGUACGUGGAUCAACAGGCAGCUGUUCGAACAGAACAAGAGGAUGCUGCGUGGUUUAAAGUUAGGAAAGGUGUGUGUCAGGGUUGUAUCCUUUCAUCAUACUUAUUCAGUCUGUAUGCUGAGCAAAUAAUCCAAGAAUCUGGACUAUAUGAAGAAGAACGGGGCAUCAGGAUUGGAGGAAGAUUUAUAAACAACCUGCGUUACGCAGAUAACACAAGCUUGAUUGCUAAAAUUGAAGAGAACUUGAAGCACUUACUGAUGAGGAUCAAAGUAUGGAUUAUAUCUCAGCAUAAAGAAAACAAAGAUCCUCACAUCUGGACCAAUAAGUAACAUCAUGAUAAACACAGAAAAGAUUGAAGUUGUCAAGGACUUCGUUUUACUUGGAUCCACAGUCAAUACCAAUGAAAGCGGCAGUGAAGAAAUCAAAUGAGGCAUUGCAUUGGGCAAAUCUGCUGCAAAGGACCAUUUUAAAGUGUUAAAAAGCAAAGAUAUCACUUUAAGGACUAAGGUGCACGUGACCCAAGCCAUGGUAUUCUCAGUCACCUCGUAUGCAUGUGAAAGCUGUACAAAGAAUAAGGAAGACCAAGGAAGAAUUGAUGCCUUUGAAUUGUGGUGUUGGUGAAGAAUAUUGAGUAUACCAUGGACUGCCAAAAGAAGGAACAAAUCUGUCUUGGAAGCAGGACAGCCAGAGUGCUCCUUGGAAGCAAAGAUGGUGAGACGCCUUCUCACAUAAUUUGCACAUGUUAUCAGGUGGGAUCAGUCACUGGAGAAGGACAUCAUAUUUGGUAAGUAGAGGGUCAGCGAAAAAGAGGAAGAUCCUCAGCGAGAUGGAUUGACACAGUGGCUGCAUCAGUGGGCUCAGGCGUAACAACAAUCAUGAGAGUGGAGCAGGACCAGGCUGUGUUUCAUUCUUUUGUACAUAGGGUCGCAGUGAGUCAGAGAUGACUGGAUGGCACCUAACAAGAACAACUUCAAUGUACAUGUAGACAUUGAAAUUAAAAAUUGCAAUACCUUUUACAAUCUCCAGGUUUAUACUUAGGCAUAAACCUAGCAAAACAUGUAUAGGACUUUUAUGCCACAAACUAUAAAACACUGAUGAGAAAAUCAAAAUAGAUCUAAAUAAAUGGAGAGACAUACUGUGUUCAUGGAUUGGAAAAUUCCACAUAGUAAAGAUGCCAAUUCUUCCUAAAUUGUUUUAUAGGCUUAAUGCAAUUCCUAUCAAAAUCUCAGCAAAAAUUUUUGUAGAAAUAGACAAGCUGAUUCUAAAAUUUAUAUGGAAAAGCAAAGGAACUAGAAGUUUUUCAAAAACAAGUUUGAAAAAGAAUAAACUGGGAGGAAUUAAUCUACCUUAUUUCAAGGCAUAUUUUAUAAUCACAGUAAUCAAGACUCUGUGAUUCUGGUGGAAGGAUAGAUACAGAGAUCAAUAAAAUAGCAUGGGGAACCCAGUAUAGAGCAUAGUCUAGAGAACCACAGAAAUAUGCCUGUUAGGGAUUGAAUUAUAUCCCCCCAAGUUGUAUAUGUACUGUAAAUUCUAACCUCUAUGAGUCAGAAUCGACUCAAUGGCAGUGGGUUUGUUUUUUCUUUUUGGUUUUUAUGCCUGUGGUUAUAAUCCCAUUUGGGAAUAGAUUGUCUUUGCCAUGUUGAUAAGACAGGAUUAAUGUAGGGUGUGUCUUCUUGAGUCAAUGUGUUUGAGCUCUAGGCCGACACCUAGGCAAAGAGUUCUUAGGCUUGACACCAAAGCACCAUCUUUAAAAGGGAAAGUUGAUAAACUUGACUUCAUUAAAAUUAAAAACUUUUUCUCUCCAAAAGGUCUUCUUAAGAAGGUGAAAAGACACACUACAGAUUGGGAAAAGUAUUUGCAAAACACGUAUGAGAAGACUGGUAUUAGAAUACACGAAGACCUUUCAAAACUCACUGGUUAAAAAAUAAACCCAAACAGAAACUGUGCAAAAAACAUGAAUAGACAUUUUACCAAAGAGGACGGACAGAUGGCAAAUAAGCACAGGAAAAUAUACUCAACAUCUUUAGCUGUUAGGGAAAUGCACAUUAAAACCACAAUGAGAUACCACUACCUACUGUGAAAAUGGCCACAAUAAAAAUUAGUGACAACAGCAAAUUCUGAUGAAGGUGCGGAGAAACCUAAUCUCUCUUAUAUUGCUGAUAGGAAUGUAAAAUGUGCAACUACCACAUGACCCAGCAAUUGCACUCCUGGACAUUUAUCCCAGAAAAAUGAGUGAUUAUGUUCACAUAGAAAUCUACUUACAAAUGGUCAUAAUGGCUUUAUUUGAAACAGCCCAAAACUGGAAACAACCUGGAAGUGUUUUAACAGGUGAAUGGUUUUAAACAAACUGGCACAUCCAUAUCAUGGACUACCACUCAGUAGUAAAAAGAAAUGACGUGUUGAUACAUGCAGCGAUCUGGAUGAUUCUCCAAAGAAUGAUGCUGAGUGAGCAAAGCUAAUCCUAAAAGGUUACAUGUUGUUUGAUUCCAUUUAUAUAACAUUCUUGAAAUGAGGAAAUUAUAGAAAUGGAGAACAGUUUAGUGGUUGCCAGUUAUUAAGGAGGGAAUGAGGGUGAGAGGGAAGUGAGCGAGGCUAUAAAAGGGCCACCUGGGUCAUCCUUGUGGGGAUGGAAGGUUCUAUAUCUGGACUGUGGCAAUGUCAGUAUCCUGGUUGUGAUGUACCGUGGUUAUGCAAGAUGUUACCAUGGGAAAAACUGGGUAAAGAGUAUAUGGGACCUCUCUGUAUUAUUUCAUACAGCUACAUGUGCAUCUGCAAUUAUGCCAAAAUAUCAAAUUUGAUUAAAAAUAUAGGUUAGAUUAUGUCAUCCCUCUGUCCAAAACUUUCCAGAGUCUCCCUGUAUCCUUGUAGUAUCAGGCAAAGUCACUUCUGAACUUCCCUAGCUCGACCCGCCAUCCUGCUGCUCCUGGGACUCACUUCCUACUUUGAUCUAAUCACAUUGGCACCCUUGCUGUUCCUCAGACACAAAGCACACAGUCAAAAUUUUGUAACUCAUUUUACUUCGGUUUCCAGGAAACUCAUGUUUUGAGACCAACAAAUUCAAAUUUAUUCAGAUUUCUGAAGUGCCUACUAAGUGCCGGGCCCUGGUCUAGGUGCUUGGGAUAUAUCAGUAAAGAAAGCACUCAGAGAUCCCCAGGAAGCUUUACAUUUGGCAGCUGGAGAUAGAAUGGGUAUGUGGGAAGGGCAUUCUAGGAGGGAGCCAUUGGAGCAAAUGCCUGGGCAUAGUGAGGAGGGGCUGGUGUGGCUAGAACCAUGUAGAGUGGUGAGGAGAUGAUGACUAAGCAGUAGUGGGGAGGGGGAGAGGAGAGGCCUUGUAGGGACUUAGAGGCCACUGGGAGACCUUGGCUUUUACCCUGAGUGAAAUGGGAAGCCAUUGCAGGGCUUUGAGCAGAGCAGUGGCAUGAGUGGGCUUCGAUUCUAACACGAUGACUCUCUCCCUCUUUUGAGGAUGGACUGAACCAGGCAAGGGAGAGGAAGGAGACACAUGAGGAAGUCAUACAUUAAGCCUGGAAAUAGGGAUGGUGUCUUACACCAGCUGGUGGCAGUGCAUGUUUGCAGUUGGGUUCUGGAUCUGGUUUGAUGGUAGAGCUCCCCAGGCUUGCUCACAAACUGUGGGCGUGGGCAUGGAAAGGGAGGUGACAAGGGUGGGUUUUGGCCUGAUGGCCCGGAAGCAUGGCCUUUCACAUCAAAAUUUUGUCAGAGAUGAGGAAGCCCUAGUGCCACAGGAGUGGGUGAUGGAGGACUGUGACUCUGGCUUGGACACGCCGCAUUGGAGGUGUCUGUUGACCUGCCCAGAGUCCUGGUGGUGCAGUGGUUAAAAGCUCGGCUGCUAACUAAAAGGUCGGCAGUUUGAACACACGAGCUGCCCCUUGGAAACUCUGUGGGGCAGUUCUCCUCUGUCCUGUAGGGUCACUCUGAGUUGGAGUUGACUUGGCAGCAAUGGGCUUGGUUUUUGGUUUUUUGGUUGACCUGUCCUUGAGUCGGGGGCUUGGGAGAGAGGAGUGGGAUGAGGUAUAUAUUUGGGACUGGUUUAUGUUUAGGAUGGAAGGGUGAGAUUGCUAUGAGAAAGAAGAGGACCGGAGACUGAGCUACUUGGAGUCUGGAGGAAAGCCACAGGGGAGAGAGGGGAAUUGAAGGUGGCAGCUACGGACAACUUGGCCACACAGUUUUUCUCCAAAAGGGAACAAAGAAAUGGGGUGGGUUGGUGGGGGAAGUGGGGUCAAGAGCUGAAAUUUUAAAACGUUUGCUGUGAGUGGCUAAGGUGGGAGACACGGAAAGGCAAAUGCUGCCUGAGUGAAGGGCGGUUGUAAUGGGAGGAACUUGAAGAUCGACAGGGAAUUCAUAACGAGACUAAGCUCCAUUUACAAGAGCAAGAGACAGCCUACCCAUAGCUCCCUGACCUUGGGAAGAACGAAAGUUGCUGCUGGCAGAGUUCCAAAACAGGAAAAUGUAGAAUGGACUUGAAUAAUCUCUCCUAAAUCAAUUUUGUGAGCCAAAUCCCCUACGGAGUAUGUGAUAGCAUGCAGGUGUACGGCAUAGGAUGCCACUGUCUGCUGCAGACAUCAAGAUGAUUGGUUUUGAUGACUGCCAAACACUUCCUUGCUCAGUAUCUGGCGGCCUUGUGGACGCUGCCUCUUUGGUUCUGCUCUUCAGACCUGCCUUGGAUCUGAGAGCCUCUCUCUCGCUUUGGCAGGCUAGUUUCUGAAUCUGCCCGGGAGGGCCGUGGCACCUGGGCGUGGAGGAGCUUUCUCUCUGGGCCCCACAGGAGUCUUCUGUUGGCACCCUGUGCGCAGCGUGGCGUUGGGGCUGGCCAUGGGGGCUUGGGGCUGUGACUGCUUUGUCAGAGCUUGGCUUGUCCCUGUGCGUGCGCCCUGUACCUGCCCUGCCUUGUGCGUGGCUGCUCAGUCUGCUGCACAGAGACAAGCCCCAGCUCUUCCCCAGGGAGCUGAGCUGUCGUGUUUGUUUCUUUUCUUGAGGUUCUUGGAUUGACUAGAGCACGUUUCCACUUACUUGGCUUCAUCCUUUAGAGGCAUGUUAGGCGUCCUAGUGGGGAGUUUGUCAGAGGAAGUGCCUCUCUCCAUGUGUGGAACUUCUGGGCAGCUGUGGCUGCCACAAGCCAGUGUCAAUACAUUAUUUUUGCAAAGAUCCAGUUAGUGAAUAGUUGAGGCGUUAUGGGUUACAUGUGGUCUCUGUCUUGCAUUCCUUUUUUUCUCUCAACCUUUUUAAAAUUGUAGAACCAUUCUCAGCCCAUGCGCUGUACAAAAGCCAGCUUCAGGCUGUGGUGUACCGCCCCUGCCGAAAGCCCAGGAGGCAGAGAUGAAAUGUUGGCUUAGCCGGAAGAAAAAAAGCCCAAAACCCAGUGCCGUCGAGUCAGUUACGACUCCUAGCGACCCGAUAGGACAGAGUAGAACUGCCCCAUAGAGUUAGCCGUAGCCUUCCCUAACUCAGUUCACUUCAAGAGGGUGGGCGAGGCACAGAGCAUGUCCAGGUGUGGGACAUACUGGUAUCAUUUACAUAAAUACACAGUAUUUAUGCCGUGGUGAAAUUCAGUCUCAGAAAAGGGCCCUCCAUUUGUCCACCAUUCACAACACACAGUCAUCAGAAAGUCGUUUUUUGCCAUUAUUUAACAACGGUGGGUCUUAGGAAACUGGCUUCGUCACUGCAGAAGCACUGGUUGUAAUGAACUUCCGCAAAUCCUGUUCUCUCCAGAGCAGCGCUGCUCCACUCUGACUGCGCGUUAGAACCGCAGGGGGAGCUUUGGGAAGACAGCACACUGCCCCAGUAGGAGAAUCAGACUCUCCUGCCGGGGUGGGGCCUGGGCGUCACUGCUUCGGAAAGUGCCUCCGGAGAGUUCAGCUUUUAGCCAGGUGAAGAAGCCGCUGCCUCGGGCUUCCGUCUUCUGGGAGAAAGCCUUAUUCGUUCUGUGGUGCGCGGCCUGGGUGCCCAGCCGCCUUGGUUUUCUAGGAGUCAGUCUCUACCACAUUGGUGGGUAACGCAAGUUCAUUGCUGCUGUGAGCGCUACCCGCUCCUCCCCGCUCUGUCUCUCUCUGUCUUCUGCGCUAAGUGCUCUGGGCUGUGGGAAGGUUUUUGGCUGAAGCGGCCAAUGGUGGUUCAGUUAGCAUUGAGCCCCACAGGGUAGGAGGGCCUUUCAGCAGUAGGAUGAAGCAGCUCUGCCAAGCUUAGGGGGCGCUGGCAGGGGCGUUGGAGGAGCAGUGGCUUUCAGAGGGUGUCUGAAAACACCAGUGCUUUCCUGGUGCUUCUUCAGUUUGAUUGUGCUGUCGUUCCAAGUGGAACUUACAUCUAGGAAUUGGGUGUUCAUUUAUUAAAAAAUUAGUGUUUAUUGCUGCAAACUUUGAUCAGAGAGUGCUUAGAGUGAGUCUGGGAAAAAAAAAAAAAAUUCGAGAAUCUCAGGGCUCUGAGACUUGCCAGCACCAUGUAUUUUUUCCUUUUCUACAACUUUUAUUUCUCAGCCCUUGAAGCCAGGCUCUGUUUACUCCUCAGGCUGACUGAAUGUGCAUGCGUGUUAUUAAUAGCAGGAGUGGGAAAGGAAGAGUGUUCUCCUCUGAAAUGUUGCCCAGUGUAAAGUUGUAAAACAUUCUCUGAUAUAAACCUUGGACUUGAAAUCCCUUGUGGUCUCUCAGUAUCUACUCUAGUGCUUCCCAAACUUUAAUGCGCUUGUGAAUCACCUGGGAUCUUUUAAAAUGCAGAUUCUGACCCAGCCAUUCUGGUUCAGUCAGUGUAAGGCCUGGGAUUGUGCAUAUUUAGUUUUUUUCUGGUAGGCUGACCCACUUUGAGAGACAAAGCUCUGAGCCAUUGUAGCUGAUUCUUUGCUAAGGCAUAAGCAGAUUGAUAUCAGAAGGCAAUUGUCAAAUACAGGUUGUCCUACUGAAUGGAGCAUGACAUCCAGAUGGUGGAGGUUACAGCCCUGCUUCCCCAUGUGCUGCCUUGUGAGGCAGUCCCUGGCGUGUGCAGGGUGGUGAAGCGUUGGAGAGUAGAGGCAUGUCACCAAGUCUAAACAUGUAUGGCUGAGCACUCAUAUGCCUUGUCUCCUGGAGUGUUCAUUCACCCAGCCCUGCAAGGAUGAGGACCCUGAGCAUUAGAAGAGUCAAGAAACUGGCCCAAGCUAGCUCCACUGGUAAAUGUCAGAGUUAGGGUUCAGCCCCGGUUCUCAGGACUGCCAGGGCCAUGUCCUGCUUGCCCAGUGAGUGACAGCAGGCAGACUGUAGAAAUUUAGCCCUACCUAGAGAAAACCCUUGUAAGGAGGGUUGCUGCCUCACCUCCUUCCCUCCUCCCUGGGGUUAGGAAUGUGUGGUAUUUGAGGGCUAACAUUUGGGAAAAGGAUCAGACUGGCUCUGUGAAAGGAGUUUAUACAGGAGGGCAGCCCAGUGCUGUGGGAAGUGGCCCACCCAGCCCAGUGACCUGAAGGAUGCUCUAGUCACCCUGAGGGUGUUCAGGCAGAGGCCAGGAGCCACUUUGUGGGAGGAGGCAGCCCAGGAGGGACAACACAGGGGGCAGGAGUGGGUGUCAGGGCAGUGAGAUGAGAUGAUUUGUAGAAAUCCUGUCCAACUCUAAGAUUAACCUGCUUUUGGGAGAUUUGUAGGAUCCUGUGUGCCCCGGUGAUCUCUGACUUCUGAGCCUUCGGGCGCUCUGUCUUGAUCAAGAAGCCAGGAAGGGGAACAUCACUGUGGGUGCCUUCCAAUUUUGGAGAAAUAAAGUGAAAGGAAUCACUUGUAGAAAAUAGCAUUAUGUAAGGAAUCUUAAUGGAGAUUAAAAAAAAAAAAAAAACUCGGAAGACCAAACCCGUUGCUGUCAAGUAGAUUACUACUCAGAGCGACCCUAUAGGAGAGAGUAGAACCUCCCCCAUAGGGUUUCCAAGGAGCGGUUGGUAGAUUCGAACUUCCAGCUUUUUGGUUAGCAGCCAAGCUCUUAACCAUUGCACCACCAGGUUAAUGGAGAUAGGAAACUAAAAUCAGUGUCUCAUUGGAGUAGAAAAGAAAUGUUAGCAAGUAUAGUUCAUAGGGAGGAAAGAGUGUAACGCAGUAAAGGGUUAAUCCUUUCAAAGAUUCAUAAAUACUUUUAGGGAAUUAAUGCCCAGGAUCUAAUGGCAUAUUGAUGCCUUUGAUUCAUGUGUAUUCCGUAAAAGCUUUUAGACCCUGGCUCUGUGUCAAGGGCACAGACUCAAGGUGACUCUUGAUCCUUCUCCAUGUAGGAAGAAUCCAUUGUUCCCCAUGGGAGAAUUUGCACUGUUUGCAGAAGUGCCCACUUGUCCAGAAAGCUGUGCACACACUCGGCUGGCCCUAGCUGGCGUGUCCCACUUUUAUACUCCAGGCUCUGUGUAGAGAGGCAAAGGCACCUCACCUGGAAACCAGGCCUGAAGAAAGAAGCUGGCCCUGAGCUGCAGGGCAGGCAGACAGGAAUGUGCAAUGGCUCCCUUGCUUACUAGCAGUGAAACUGUGCACAAGCUGUUUAACUUUUCUGGACCUCAGUUUCCAUAUCUGUAAAAUGGCAGCAAUAGUACCUAUCUCACAGAGUUAGUGUGAGGAGAGCAGCAGUGUGUAGGAAGCACCUGGCAUGUUGGAAAUGUUCAACAAAAGGGUAGUGCUUAUUUAGGCUGUGACCAGCAAGCGUGAAAAGAAUUUACCUUGUCCAAAAUUGGUUGCCUGUUUUCUAGACUAUUCAGUGUCAUAAGCUGCAUAUCAGCGUAAGAAUUAAGAAAUACUAAUGAGGAGAGCUGACGCUUUCUUCUGCUUCCAUUAUAUUUGAGGACAUCAAAUACUGCAGGCAGGGGGAAAACAUCGUGCCUUUUAGAUGCCCUAAAAGUAACAGGUCCCUACAUGAUAAAAUCCUAAGCAUUUCCUGUAAACUUGAGCAUUCUACCAAGAGCAGGUUCGCCUUGCCUUCUGCCGUAUUGAUGUCCAAAGACAGGAAACAAUCUUCGUGAAUUCGGUAAACUGGGAGAAAGUUCCUGUUUUUCCAGCAUUAACAGAGUAAGGAAAACUUGGUAACCUAGUCAUUGUUUUCUCUUUAGUUGCUGUUUUUUUUUUGGUUUGUUUGUUUUAAAAUUUCUUACCUUAGAAAAGUUUUAGAUUUACAAAAGUGUUGCAGAGAGAAUCCCUGUAUAUCUCACACCCAGUUUAACAUCUUACAUUAGUAUUGUACAUUUGUCACAAUUAAUGAAUCAUGUUGGUAUGUUAUUAACUAAAGUCUGUAUUUUUGUCCUCUAAUAUUUCCCAGAGGGCCCCAGAGUCCCACUCAGGAUACCACAUUGUGUUCAGUUGUUAAGCCUCGUUAGGCUCCUCUUGAUUGUGACAGUUUCUCAGACUUCCCCUUUUUCUGAUGACCUUGACAGUUUUGAGGAGUACUAGUCAGCUGUCAUGUAGAAUGUCCCUCAGUUGGGAUUUAUCUACUGUUUUUCUUAUGACUUGAUCAGGGUAAUGGGUUUUGGGGAGUAGAACUACAGAGGUAAAGUGCCAUUUCUAUCACGUUGUAUCAAGGGUACCUACAAUCAACAUGACUUCUCUCUGUUGAUGUUGACCCUGAUCAUCUGGCUGAGGUAGUCACUGUUAGAUUUCUCCUCUCUAAAGUUCCCUUUUUUUUUUUUCUCCCCUUUUGAAGUAUACACUUUGGGAGGAAGUCACUCUGCACAGCACACAAUUAAGGAGUGGGGAGUUAUACUUCACUUUUUUUUCCCAGAGGGUGAAGUAUUUACAUAAAGUGUUUGGAGACCUUCUCGAUGGGAGGUUUGGCCAUUCUCCAUUUAUUUGUUUAUUGAAUGAUUUAUUUAUAUCACUAUGGACUCGUGGAUAUUUAUACUUUAGGUUAUAUUUCUAUAUCACUAUAUUUAUUUUGUGGCUUAGGUUGUUUCAGCUUUAACGAUUGGGAGCUCUUUCAGUUGAUUGCUGUAAUUCCUUUGACAUACCUCAUCGUGUGUGUGUGUGUUAAAGCACUUUCUUAUUUUGUGGUACCAUACAAAGCUCCAGGUUUAUCUUGUAUGUAUCCUGUCCUGGUCUGGGAAUCAGCCAUUUCUCCAGGGAUCCCUGGUUUCUUUUACUGGAGAAUGGUAUUGGAUACCAAGAUUUGGGUGCUGGGUGUGUACGUUGUUACUGGAAUGCCAUUACUUCUAGUCUAUCUUAGCUGACAGAGCAAGGAGAUACGUGUGUGUACUGACCUGUGCAUAUAAACAUAUCUAGAAAUAUUUUUGUGUGUAACCGUCUGCACCUGUAUAUGUUCACACCAAUAUUUCCAACUAAUCCAUUACCAUGUGGAUCAUUCUAGUCUCCUCCCCUUGCUUAUCUGCAACCUCCCACUACAACAGUGAGAAACGUGGCUCCCCAUCAUCUGCUAUUCAUUAUUCAAUUGUUCGUUUCCAGUAUAUCUGUCUAGGGAUUUCAGAAUUGUUAAGUCAUACUCCCAUGGGAAACAACUUUUUAUCAACUAGAGUACAGCGUUUAUGUGCAGUUCCUCUUGCCUUAGUCUUACAGACUCCACUCAUUUCCAAAGUUACUUUGGUCAGUAGCUUAUUCCCCCUUCAGUUAUUUUUUUCACAUAUUCGUAAAACAUUUAGAGUGUCUUGUCACAUUCUGCAUUCUAUCCUGCAAUCCCCUGACCUAAAUGAUUAUUUAAAAAAUUUGUCUACUUUAAGGUUUACUUUUUGCACUGUAGAUCUGUGGGCUUUGACAAAUGCUUGAUGUCUUGUAGUCACCGCUACAUUAUCAUGCAGAAUAGUUCAUGGCCCUAAAAAAUUCCUAGGUCUUCGAUUAUUCAACACCCUCUCCCUCCCAUGGCACUGUCAGUCAGUUUUUACCGUCUCUAUAGUUCUGUCUUUUCCAGAAAUGUCAUGUAAUUGGAAUCAUACAGUAUGUAGCUUUUAUGAACUGGCAUCUUUCACUUAGAAAUAUGUAUUUACAAUUCAUUUAUGUUUUUUUGUGGCUUGAUAGCAUAUUUCUUUUUUACUGAAUAGUAUUCUUUUGUAUCAAUCUACCACGAUUUGUUUAUCCAUUCACCUGUCGAAGGAUAGCUUGAUUGCUUCCAGUGUUUGGAGAUUAUAAGUAAAGCUGCUAUAUAUAUUCAUGGGUAGGUUUUUGUGUGGACAUAAGUUUUCAGAUCACUUGGGUAAAUACCUAGGAUCAGAUUCAUUGAUUGUAUGAUAAGACUGCUUAACAGCACACACACCCGUUGCCGUCUAGUUGGUUCUGACUCAUAGUGCCCCCAUAGGACAGAAUAGAACUGCCUCAUAGGGUUACCAAGGAGCCGCUGGUGGAUUUGAACUGCCACCCUUUUGGCUAGCAGCCGAACUCUUAACCACUGCACCACCAGGGCUCUAAGACUUUGCUGAAUUUUGAAAAAGAAAAGAUAAAAAAACUGUUGAACUGUGUUCCAAAGUUACUGUACCAUUUUGCAUUUCCACCAGUAACGAAUGAGCUCUGCUGCUUCACAUCCUCUUUUGGUACUGUCAGUUUUUUGGAUUUUAAGAAUUCUAAUAGGUGUUUGUAGCCCUGGUGGUGCAGUGAUUAAGAGCUCGGCUGCUAACCAAAAGGUCAGCAGUUUAGAUCCACCAGCCACUCCUUGGAAACCCUAUGGGGUGGUUCUCCUCUGUCCUAUAGGGUCAUUAUUGAAACUGACUCAAUGGCAAUGGAUUUGGUUUGGUUUAAUAGGUAUGUAGUAGUAUCUCAUUUUUGUUUUAAUAUGCAUUUUUUUAAUUUGGUAAGCCAGUUUUGAAGGCUGUCUCUCUUGUACUUCUUUCAAGUAAACUUUUUGUUUUUCAAAUGAUUUUUGUCUUUGAAUCUUCCACUGACAAUUGAACAGUGAUUUGUGGUGAACACUUAUUAGCUUGAGCCAUUGUCUAUAUGUUUAUGUGUGUGUGGAAACCCUGGUGGUGUAGUGGUUAAGACCAAUAGCUGCUAAUCAAAAAGGUCAGCAGUUCGAAUCCACCAGGCACUCCUUGGAAACUCUAUGGGGCAGUUCUACUCUUUCCAGUAGGUUCGGUAUGAGUCGGAGUUGACUCGACGGCAAUGGUUUUUUUUUUUUUUAUGUGUGUGUGUGUGUAUGUGUGUGUAUAUAUAUCCGUAUCUAUAUCGGAGCCCUGGUGGUGCAGUGGUUAAGAGCUACGGCAAGCUAUGGCUGCUAACCAAAAGGUCGGAAGUUAGAAUCCACCAGCCGUUCCUUGGAAACCCUAUGGGACAGUUCUACUGUGUUCUGUAGGGUUGCUAUGAGUCAGAAUUGACAGCAACUUUAAAAAAAACUUUAAAAAAAAUCUCUCUCUCUCUCUCUCUUUAUCUAUCUCUCUAUCAAGAGUAGCCAUCAGAUUUUGGAAAAGAACAGUGUUGCAUGGCUACUUAUCCUGUUUGAUAUCAAAACAUUCUAUAAAGCUAAAGAAAUUAAAACACUGUGGUAUUAGUGCUGAAAGAGACAAAUAGCUAAUGAGGGCAAAGUAGAGACUCUAGAGCCCAACUCAUGAAAAGGGGGCUUAAUCUGUGAGAAAUGUGACCUUUCAAAUUAACGGGGAAAGAGGAACUCUCCAAAAAUGGUUGAUGUUCCAUUUGGGAAAAAUAGACUUACACAAGACCAUACACAAUAGUACGUGCCUGAAUUAACACUGAAAAAUUACGAAAAGUGUGAAAAGUAUUUCUGUAAUUGUGGGAUUCGGGGAGUCUUCCUAUUAAAGACACAGAGUCCUGAAGCCAUUCCUGAGUAGACUGGCAUGUUUUGUUACACAGCACUUAAAACUGCUAAGGAGGGAAGACAGUACUAAGUUAAAAGACAGGAAAAAGACUGGAAGAAAUAUUUGUGCCUACAUAAUAGACAGAUGAUGAAAUGGCCUUCAUAUCAGCAAUGACUGCAACACCCAAACAAAAAAGAAAAGAUAAGGAACAGGCAGUUCUGAGAAAUAAAAUAUCCAGUGAUUUUGUGUGUAUUUGCUCUGUUGGUGACAUAUUGAUUGAGGAGAUGGUAGUUAAACUCCAAAGGCCCAGCCUAGCCCUCUAUCUGCGGUGGGCAGGCCUUACACAGAGCAGCUGGUAUGAGACCCUCAGCAUGUUAGGGUAUAUUGUGGGGCAGCCCAUGCCUGGGCUUAUUCUCGUACUUCAUUCUAAUCACAAAUGUCCAGAGUAAAAAGUCACACAUCUAGAGCCAGUUCAGACUAGUGGGUAGACCCGAAAAUUCAGUCUUGCCUUCAGCCCUGCUGAGCUGAAUUCAGGGAAGAAGUCAAAUUGUUGUAAUUUGCUCACUUGUGUCCAGAACUCCUCACCUGGAGUGAUGCCAAUUUUAUCUAGAAUUGGGAGUGUGUGGCUGAGCCAUGUGGGAGAAGGCCCUGCAGGGAAGUGGGCUUCACAGAAGACUCAUGGGGACUUGCAGACAUCUCUUGGGUGUCAGCUGUGGAGUGAACGGGCAGCAUAUGUUCUCAGGGUGGCCAGAGUUGACAUCAUUGGGGGAUUUCAAGAGAGGGCAGAGGACAUGAAUGAGGGGUAAAGAGGACACAGCACACCUAGUCUUAGAAAGUACAGGCAGCUGUUUCUGGCUGCCAGAGCUGAAAAUUAAAAGAUUAAGUGAGCAUCUCCAGAUUAAUGACUAAAAGAUGAACAGGCCACUCGAAAAUGGUGAGCAUCUUUAACAUCCAAAAGGGUCUUUGCAAUGGUUAAUGUUGUGUUUCAACUUGGCUAGGUCAUGAUUAUCAGUGGUUUGGCAGUUAUAUAAUGAUGUAUGUGAUGGUGAAGAUUGUGGUCAACUUGGCUGGGCCAUGAUUCUCAGUGUUUUGGCAGUUGCAUAAUGUUGUGAUCACUUCCCUGUUGAAAUUUGAUAUGUGAUCACCCCCAGGAUGGAAUCUGCUGAGUGGUACCGGCAGGAGUGGGGCCUGUGGUGGCUCAUCGCCCGCUCAGCCUUCAUCGCUCCACCCUUAGCCGCCUACUUCCUUCCUUCUUGCCUUGCCAAGGCUUUUGGCUGGUUCUGAAUCCUGCAGCUGCCUCUUGUUCAUCUGACUUCUGGUUCUUGGGACUUGAGCUAGCAGCUUACCUGCUGAUUGUUGAUCUUCACAGCCUGUGAGCAAGAGCUCUGCUCUCCAACCUGCCGAUCUUGGGUUCACCAGCCCCUGCAGCUAUGUGAAUCAGGAGAAUCCUUCUGGUCUUGCCUUCCAGUCUUGGAAUUCAUCAACCUUCACAGCCUGUGAGCAAGAGCCCUGCUCUCUGACCUGCCAGUCUUGGGUUUGCCAGCCCCCGCAGCUAUGUGAAUCAGGAGAAUCCUUCUGGUCUUGGCUGCCAAUUUUGGGAUUCAUCAGCCUUCACAGCCUGUGAGCAAGAGUCCUGCUCUCCAACCUACCAGUCUUGGGCUUGCCAGCCCCUGUGGCUACAUGAAUCAGGAGAAACCUCUAUCCUGAUCCACGAACUUGGGAUGUUCCAGCCUCUACAAUCACGUAGGUGGAAUCCACAACAAAAGUCAGUCGUUCUACAAAUCACUGGUUCCGGGUAUGAGGCUCUAAGAUGCUGCAAGUGUGAACAUUUGGUGUCUAUGGAUCUGCUCUGAACCUUAGAGCCUGCUUAUGGGGGAAGGUGACACUCUCUGGGCCCCAUCCAUCCUUCCUCACGACGUCAUCGGCGUCUUAAGCCAGCGCCCACAGCCGCACUUUGGGAGAAGGAUGGAGUCCAAGGUCUCAGAAGGUGGCCUGAAUGUGACACUGACCAUCCGCCUACUGAUGCAUGGGAAGAAGGGAGAGACUGUGAAGAAGAUGCGUGAAGAGAGUGGUGCAAGAAUCAACAUCUCAGAGGGAAACUGCCCAGAGAGAAUUGUGACCAUCACUGGCCCGACGGAUGCCAUCUUCAAGGCCUUCGCCAUGAUCGCGUACAAGUUUGAGGAGGACAUCAUCAACUCCAUGAGCAACAGCCCUGCCACCAGCAAGCCCCCGGUGACACUGAGGCUGGUGGUACCUGCCAGCCAAUGCGGCUCACUCAUCGGCAAAGGCGGUUCUAAGAUCAAGGAGAUCAGGGAGUCCACAGGUGCUCAGGUGCAGGUGGCGGGGGACAUGCUGCCCAAUUCCACAGAGCGGGCCGUGACCAUCUCAGGGACUCCCGACGCCAUCAUCCAAUGUGUCAAGCAAAUCUGUGUGGUGAUGCUGGAGUCCCCACCGAAAGGUGCCACCAUCCCCUACCGCCCAAAGCCCGCCUCCACCCCUGUCAUUUUUGCAGGUGGUCAGGCCUACACCAUCCAGGGACAGUACGCCAUCCCACACCCAGAUCAGUUGACCAAGCUCCACCAGUUGGCCAUGCAGCAAACCCCCUUUCCUCCCCUCGGACAGACCAACCCCGCUUUCCCCGGAGAAAAGCUGCCUUUACACUCCUCCGAAGAAGCUCAAAAUCUGAUGGGCCAGUCGUCAGGUCUGGAUGCCAGUCCCCCGGCCAGCACCCACGAGCUCACCAUUCCCAAUGAUCUAAUAGGCUGCAUAAUUGGACGCCAGGGGACCAAAAUCAAUGAAAUUCGACAGAUGUCAGGAGCACAGAUCAAAAUCGCCAAUGCCACCGAAGGGUCAUCAGAGCGCCAAAUCACCAUCACCGGAAGCCCGGCCAACAUCAGCCUUGCCCAGUAUCUCAUCAAUGCUAGGCUCACAUCCGAGGUCACUGGAAUGGGCGCGCUCUAACCUCCACCUGCCACCUCCCUCCACACCACCACCCUCCUGAGCCACUGCCUCCACCUACUCCUCCAGCAUCCUGUCUGCCCACCACAAAUAUGCUAUAGAUAGGAUUUCUUUACUGACAGAAACAUUAUAUAUAUGUCCAUAUGCGCGGGCGCACACUCACACACACACACACACCUGUAUCUGUAUCUCUGCCGCAUCUGCGCUCCAGCCUCCGUUCUCAGCCCCACUCUCCAGUAUUAGUUUAUGCUCUGUCUGUCCUUGCAUUGGCAUGCAAUGUUAAUUAUUUUAAAUACUUGGGGUGUUCCCAUGUGUGACAUUUUAGAAGUAUUGUUCCUUAGUGUCGUGUAAUGUGACCAUUUUAGAGUUGGGUUGACAUUUUGGCAGCACUUUCUGUGAACUGUCACCUGCCCUGCCAUCUAGAGCGUGGUUGACUUGAGACACAUCCUCUCGCAGAUCCCAUCCUGCUUACUUUAUUCUCGGGAAGCCUGUGCCUGUCUUAGGUCAAGUUUCCGCCUCAGAUCUUAUGGGGUCAGGCCAUGGUUCCUCUGGUCCCACAGGAAGGAAAGUGCAGCCAGGACAGGCAGGAAAGGAGGUGCUCUGAGGACACUGGAUCCUGUCCCAAGGAGCAGGGUGGAGUGGGGUGGGGGUACAGGGGGCCCUGGCUUCAUGGGGAUGUUUCAAGCUGUGGAGGCACGAGAGUAUACUUGCCCUGGAGGGUUCAGGGUCCUGGACUCGCCAAGAGGUGCAGCGUCUGAGCUCAAUAAAUGUCGUCACUCCUGACCAACCAGCUCUGGCUCGUCUCUGUGUUCCCCACAUUCCCCACCUCCUGAUGCACCUAGAUUACCCCCUGUAUAUGUAUGCACACACACAUGCACAUGGGCACACGCAUGCACACACGUAUGCACAUGUAGUACACAUACACUGAACACACACAUGUGCACACACAGUACACUCACCUUCAGGCACACUCUGACUUGUGAACUGGUGUCUCCAUGCCCAGCCAGUACCAAAGGCCUGGAUGUGGGCAUGUUUCCUCAGCUUUUCCCAGCACCAUGCGUGGUGCCCCUCCUGUAUACAGACACACUGUCGUCCAUAAACCCAGAAUCCUCUUGUGUGAGAUCAUUUUGAAAUCUGGAUAGAUUUAAUUUGCCUGCCACCCCCAUCCCUCCCCCUCUCCUCGUACCUCCUCUGGGCCUCCCUUCUCUUUGGCCUUCUCCUGUGCCCUCCAGUUCCUCCCUUCUUCCUCCCCAGUCCCUCUGCUUCAGGCUCUGAGCGCCUUUUGCCGCCACCAUCUGCACCACCCCCCAGAGCUGUCUGUGUGUCUGUGCCCACUUCUGACAACUGCCCUUUGUCCCCUCCUCACGGCUGGGGCCCCAUGCCCUGCUUCGGGGCAGCAAGGGCACCACAGCCCACUCUGCCUGGCGCCACCAUGUUCCCUGCCCCACUGGGCUCCACAGGCUAGUGACAAGGGGUGGCACACAUCCAAGCCCCCAGUCAGAGUGCCACCCCCUUCCCAUCUCAGGUCUUGGGGUUCCCAGGGCCCUCAAGAAGGCAGGUGGGGCACACCAAACCAAAAAACCCAACCCAUUGCCGUCAAGUCAAUUCUGACUCAUAGCGACCCUGUAGAACAGAGUAGAACUGCCCCAUAGGGUUUCCGAGGAGCAGCUGGUAGAAUGAAACUGCCAACCUUUUGGUUAGCAGCCGAGCUUUUAACCGCUAUAUCACCAAGGUUUCAGGUGGGGCACACAGGGGUAAGCAAUUCCAGGAGGGCGGACUCCAGCUGGGCCCUCAACAGUUCUUAGAGCCACCCAACACAAGCACGUGGGUGGAGUCGAGGGCCACAGAGAAUCCUGCCUCAGCCUUGAUAGCCCCCAUCACAUCAGGGUCUCUCCUGUCUCUGCCCAUGUGGGAGCCACACUGGGCUGUGUUUUCAGUUCCCCACUUCCUAUUCCCCGGAAGGUCCAUGGCACCGAGACUGAGGCCACCAGACACCAUGGCCCUCCGAGUCCCCAGUCGGUGACAUGGUCAGGU